CGUUACAGGGAACCAAUGGGAAGCGGCCUCUUGGCAGCCGGAAGAACCGCGCAAGGACCAGGCUGGAGCCGAGCCAAGAGUGACAGCCGACGCGGAUGCCAUGCCCUUGUGCCGCCGCUCCCUGCGGUCUAGCGAGUUGGACGUGGACAAGGCCCAGGGCUCAGUGACCGGAGGCCUGAAGGUCUUCCUGUACUGGAGUGAUGGUGGGGAGGGCCACGUGACGUUCGACCUGGGCACCCUGACUGCCGAGGAGAUCUGCAUCCAGAUUGCCCAGAAGAUCGGCAUCACCCCCAUCUGCCACAGCCUCUUUGCCCUGUAUGACCCACAGAUCCGGACCUGGUUUCCUCCCAGCCAUGUCUUUGAGGUCGCCCGGGAUAGCAGUUGGAGCUUGCACUUCCGCAUGAGAUUUUACUUCCGUAACUGGCAUGGGCUGCACACCCAGGAGCUGGCCGUGUACCGCCACGGGCCCCGGGCCCCUGGGGGCCCCAGGGGGCGGGCAGAGCAGGGAGAGGCGCUGCUGGACCAAGCGUCGUUCGAGUAUCUCUUCGAGCAGGGCAAGUUUGACUUUGUGAACGACGUCGUGUCCCUGUGGGAGCAACCCAGUGAGGCUGAAAUCCGCCGUUUCAAGAACGAGAGUCUGGGCAUGGCCGUUCUGCACCUCGCUCACCUGGCCCUGCGGCGAGGCGUCCCCAUCUGGGACGUGGCCAAGACCACCAGCUUGAAGGACUGCAUCCCGCGCUCCUUUUACUGGCACUUGCAGCGGCACAGCUCUCUAACCCGCUUCCGCAUGCACAACGUCUUCCGCAAGUUCCUGCGGCAUUUCCAGACGGAGACGGCCCGGCCCGGGCAGCUGGGCCCCCAGGACGUCAUGGUCAAGUACCUGGCCACUCUGGAGCAGCUGGCGCCCCGCUUCGGCACCGAGCGCUUCCCGGCCCUGGAACUGGCGCUGCCGGUCGGGCCGAGGUUGGAGCCGGAACCGGGCUGCGUCCCCAGCAGCCACCCUCUGCUCGCGCCUGACACCCACUCUGGCCCGCCAGCCCCCGGGGACCCAACGGCCACCCAUGAGGUGCUGGUGACAGGCACCGGGGGUGUUGCGUGGCGGCCGCUGCCGGCCCAGGACCCGGUUCUGGGCCCGGAGAGGGGCCCCUUCCCUGGUGGCGGCUCCCGCCUCAGAAGGCCGAGGCACCGAGCCCGGAAGGUUGAGAGCCGGGAGACAGGUGCGGGAAAAGAGGCGCCGUGGGAACGCUUCUGUGACUUCCAGGAGAUCACGCACGUUGUCCUCACGGGCAGCCGCGUCACCAUCCACCGGCGGGACAAUCAGAGCCUGGAGCUGGCCCUCCCUACCCCGGCAGCCGCCCUCUCCCUGAUCUCUCUGGUAGACGGCUACUUUCGGCUAACCACAGAUGCCAGCCACUACUUGUGCCGUCAGGUAGCUCCCCCCCAGUUGAUGAUGAGCAUCAUGAAUGGCAUCCACGGGCCACUCGGAGAGGCAUACGUCCGGGCCAAGCUGCAGAGAGAAGAACCAGAAGAUGGGCUGUACCUGAUCCACUGGAGCGCCCGUCAUUUCCACAAGAUGAUCCUGGCUGUGUCCAGGUGGGAUCGGGCCAGGGCCCCGACCCCCACUCCCACCGCCGCCCUCUCCGAGCUGACCUACAGGCAGUUCUGCAUCUGGCAGCACCAGGGCCCCACGUUCCAGCUGGAGGGUUGGGAACGCGGCUUCUCCACCAUCGGCGAGCUCACGGCCGCUCUCCGGGGCUGCAGCCUGCGCUCUGGCCCCGACAGCUUCACCGUCCGCCGCUGCUGCCCACCCCGGCCGGGAGAGAUUUCCAACCUGAUCAUUACCCGGCGACCUCAGGACAGCCCCAAACCACACAGCCUCACCCAGCUCAGCUUCCACCAGAUCCACAAGGACGAGAUCACCCAGCUGGCCCACUUGGGCCAGGGCACCCGGACACAGCUGUACGAGGGCCGCCUUCGCGUGGGGGCCGCGGGGAGCCCCUCGGAGCCAAACAACAACCAGCAGGAGCUGCGCGUGGUGCUCAAGGUGCUGGACCCCAGCCACCGGAACAUCUCUUUGGCAUUCUUCGAGACAGCCAGCCUGAUGAACCAGGUCUCCCACAUCCACGUGGCUUUCGUCUACGGCGUCUGUGUGCGAGGCUCUGAGAACAUCAUGGUGGAGGAGUUUGUGGAGGCCGGCCCGUUGGAUGUCUGCCUCCGCCGGGAGAAGGGCCGCCUGCCUGUGGCCUGGAAGGUCACCGUGGCCCAACAGCUGGCCAGUGCCCUCAGCUACUUGGAGGACAAGAACCUGAUGCACGGGAACGUCUGCGCUAAGAAUGUCCUGCUGGCGCGGCGGGGCCUGGAAGACGGCCUGCAGCCUUUCAUCAAGCUCAGUGACCCUGGAGUCAGCUUUGCUGUGCUCUCCCGGGAAGAGCGAGUGGAGAGGAUCCCCUGGAUCGCGCCCGAGUGCGUGCAGAGCGGGACAGGUUGCGGCCCGGCCGCGGACAAGUGGAGCUUUGGCACGACGCUCCUGGAGAUCUGCUUCGAUGCUGACGCUCCGCUCCGGGAACGCACUCCCUCUGAGAAGGAGCGUUUCUAUGAGAAGCAGCACCCGCUCCCCGAGCCAUCAUGCCGAGAACUUGCCACCCUGAUUGGCCAGUGCCUGACCUACGACCCCAGCCAGCGGCCCUCCUUCCGCACCGUACUGCGUGACCUCACCCAGCUGCAACCUCAAAACCUGCUCGGCAUCAUCGCGGUCAGGCCCGGUGCCCCCGCCGUGGACCCCUCGCUGUUCCAGAAGCGCUACCUGAAGAAGGUCCGAGACCUGGGAGAGGGCCACUUUGGCCAAGUGAGCUUGUGCUGCUACGACCCCGUGGGCGACGGCACCGGCGAGAUGGUGGCCGUCAAGUCUCUCAAGGCCGACUGUGGCUCGCGGCUCCGGGGAAGCUGGGAGCGGGAGAUCCGGAUCCUGCGGGCGCUCUAUCACCAAAAUAUUGUCAAGUACAAGGGCUGCUGCAGUGAUCAAGGGGAGAAGGUGUUGCAGCUGGUCAUGGAGUACAUGCCGCUGGGCAGCUUGCGGGACUAUCUACCCAAACAUAGCGUGGGUCUGGCCCAGAUCCUGCUCUUUGCCCAGCAGAUCUGUGAGGGCAUGUCCUACCUCCACUCCCAGCACUACGUCCAUCGGGACCUGGCGGCCCGCAACGUGCUGCUGGAGAAUGGCAGUGUGGUCAAGAUCGGGGACUUUGGCCUGGCCAAGGCCGUGCCUGACGGGCAGGACUACUACCGUGUGCGCGAGGAUGGGGACAGUCCUGUGUUCUGGUACGCUGUGGAGUGCCUCAAGGAGUGCAAGUUCUACUACAGCUCCGACAUCUGGUCCUUUGGGGUCACCCUCUAUGAGCUCCUGACCCACUGCGACCCCGGCCAGAGUCCCCCGAUGAAAUUAGUGGAGCUCAUCGGGACCACCCAGGGCCAGAUGACUGUGCUGAGGCUCAUUGACCUGCUGGACCGAGGCCAGAGGUUGCCCUGCCCUAAGGACUGUCCCUGGGAGAUCUAUCUCUUCAUGAAGAACUGCUGGGAGCCCGACCCAUCCUUCCGCCCGACCUUCAAGAACCUCAUCCCCGUUCUCGGGGCCUUCCGGGAGAAGUACCGGGGCCAGGCCCCCUCCAUCUUCAGCAGGCCUGCUUCCCCUUCCUGUCCAGGACUCGGUCCCCCUCCAGUCCCACGUCCCGGAGGAUAG